AUGGCCGCUGUCCUCUCCUCCGAGGAGAGCAGCUACUUCUCGUCCUCGUCGCUGCGUCGCUCACAAUCGCAGACGAAUUUAGGGCACAGCUCGUCGUCGUUUCGGUCAACGCCCACGCCGCAAAUGUCCGCCCCCUUCAACCCGCCAUCCAAAGCCUAUACCGAUUCCGACCUUUCCUCAGCGCCCUCGUCUCCUCCCGCCAUCCAAGCCGAAUCCACCGACGUCUCUUUCUCCUCAACUCCUGCGAGCAACCUGUCAAUAUCUUCCGACUUUGACGAAACCUUGGGGAUCGACGAGAGUCCGGAAGACCACUUCAGCCUACCUCUGCUCUCGCAAGAAAAGUUCUUUCUGCAGCCCGAUUUCCAGCACGAUGACAACCUGGAACCACCCCCGAGCCCAAGGACGGGUCAUUCAUACACAGUCUCUCCCGCUGAGCCCGAGGUUUCUGUUGCCACAUCGGGUCCGGACACGCCCGACGUGACCGAGCAUGCUGAAGAUGACACGGCAGUGUCAAGCAGGCCGUCCCGGCAAGUGGACUACCUAUCCCAUGAUUGGAAAGAGGAAGACAUCUGGUCAUCUUGGAGGUACAUCAUCUCCAAAAGAGGCGAAUUCGCCAACAGUGCUAGAUUGGAAAACGCCUCUUGGAGGACUUGGAUGAAGGCUAGGAACAAUCUCAAGACCAUCUCACCCGAGGAACUGAACUGGCUCAAAGAUUGUGACGUUACUUGGCUUUAUGGGCCUCUGCAGUGCGGUCCCAAGAAUGUGAACCCAACAGGCACAGAACCGUCAAGUUUGACUCUAUCAAAAACGGACUCACUGGUCAAUCUAAACAAAAAGCCUAUCCUCAAGAAGAGGAGCAUGUCCGAAGUCAUGCUGCAAAGGUCUCUUGUGUCUGCAUCCUUGUUGAAACAGGCUACAGCGGCAGUUCAGGCUCAAGAAACCCGAGGUGUCUUGAAAUAUGGCACAGACAAGUCCAACGCGGAGUACUAUGUUGCCUACCCUCUUUCUGUCCGAAGGGGAAGUCAAGGUACCAGCAGCUCCAUUGCAGCCUCCACCGACUCGUCAAAUAUUUCCUCCCCUUUCCCGGAGCGAAAACACAUUCAUUUUAAUGAACAGGUAGAGCAGUGUAUCGCUGUUGAUGUCAAGGACGAUGAGGAGGAGGACUAUGCCCAUGAUGUUGGCGAAGACAGCGACUCCGACGAUGGUGGCGUCAUGAUGAAGCGAGUCAAACCUAAGAGGCGUGCCCCUUCAUCCAAGAAGCGGAACAAGAAGCCUACCAAUGCCGAAGGCAAGAUCAUUGCCAAACUGCCAUCGACUACGCUCAAAUAUCGAAGCGACACACCAGAACCGCGAGAAACCGCCAUGAAGCAUAGCACAGGUGUCUACCGGAGCCCGUUGAUAUCGCCCUCGUCUUCUCAGGAAACCCUUCGACCCGCGAAGCAGUCAUCGAGGUUCUUUUUUGGAGAGAAAGACGAUGAUGACGACGAUAAUGGCUUUAGCGACGCAACUUUGGCUGCUAGCUCGGGCUGGCGAUCUCCACCCGGGGGUGCAGUCGGUGGCGGCAUUCACCGGUCGUCUUCUUCGGGGAGUCUGACUGACGAGCCAGCCGGCAUGCGCCGCACUGCCUCGGGCAUGUUCAUGCCUUGUGAGGAGGGAGAAGCCUCGAACGGCGAUGGCCUUUUAGGUCGGGUUAUCGAAACCGUCAACACUGCGCGGGAUAUUGCGCAUGUGAUUUGGAAUGUUGGAUGGAGGAAAUGA